AUGAAUUUUCCUCAAGAUUCUACCGAUGAACAUUGUAAAGGUGCUGACGAUUCCCUUGAUGCUAAUUAUUAUAUACCUGCUCCAACUGAUGUUCGAACUGCAUUACAAUAUACCGCACUGACAUCGAUCACUCCAGCUUCAGAAGUCUUAAAAAAUUUACCUCCAUUAUCUGUAUCGUUUGGUGAUUUCCAAACUUUUAAUGCAACGGAUCCCGAGUUUGUUGGAAUUGCUAGUUUAUUGGAAAGUAAACCUUCACAAUAUCCUAAUAUAAAUAUACAGCAACAAAUACAAGCUGUACACAACUUAAUGAAUCAAGUGGAUGUUAGUUAUGUUCGUUUUAAAAAUCCAUCAGUGUCAUCAUCACAUUACCCAGAGAUAGAUCAACAUGCGGUGGAAGCAAUUUUUCAUAAAAUAGACAAAGGAGUAAAAACAAUGGUAUUUGAACAAAAAUCGGAUACUUUAUCGCAAUCAUCAUCAUAUCCGAAGGUGGUAGUAGAAGCCCGACCAAAUUUACCAAAAGUUGAUGAAGAUUUAACUUCUGGUGCAAUUGUACACAAAAUGAAUACUAUACCAUCAAAUUUAUAUCCAAUAGUGGUGGUGGAACCACCAUCAAAUUUGGUUAAAAUGAGUCUAAAUGAAGAUAGAAAGGGUGAUAACUCGGUGAAAAAUCUGAUCAAUAACAUGAGUACAAUAUUUGAGGCAGAGGACUCAUUUGCAUUAGAUCCAUCUUUAAGUGUUAAUUUAUCAGGCUCAUUAAUAUUACUAGUUCCAUCUAGCACAGGGUCAAAUGAACCUUUGCUUACAACAACUGCUAUUAGACAACUUACAAAGCUCAUUAAUAAAGUCAGUCGUUAUAAACGUUUAGAUGAUAUAGAAGUUGAAGAUCUGGCAAGAGUUUCUAAAAUCCUUGAACGUUCUGUUCAUGAGGUUGAAGUACUAGAUGUCUUGCCAAAUUCAUCAUCUUUGAAAGCUCGUUCAAUGACAUUUUUCUCAAAAGUUCGAUCCAAUAAUAAUAAAAAUUCGGAAUCGAUUGAUUUAAAUGAAUAUUAUUUAGAUAAUGAAUAUGAAAACUUAGAUGAUGAUGUUAAAUUGAAACAAAUCGAGGAGAAACUUGAUAAAGUUAUCAAUGGUCUAGAAGCCUCUGUUGCCAUUUUUUCUAUUAUGACUGGCGGAAAAUUAAAUAAACAGCUUUAUCCUGAGGAUUUAAUUACCUCUACUCUAAAUUUAAUAAAAAACCAACUUGGCGGUUUAAUUUAUAGAAUCUUAGAAAUUAAUGUGUCAAGUGAUGAAUUGAGUAGUGAAACUGACUCGCUUAAACGUCAUAUAGUGUCUAUGGUUCCUAUAAUAACUAAUUUUUUACAAAGAUUAUACAACCUGAUGCAACAAGAAGAGCUUUCAGAUACAAUUGUAAUUACAGUUAGCUUUGUUGCGAUUGGACCAUUUUUUGUUGAUACCUAUAAUAGUGGCGGUAAUUCUAUCUUUGGGAAUGGGCUUGAAACUGUUAAAUUGGUUGCGCUUGGAUUAUUACGUUUGAUAUUUACAAACCAUCCAAAGCAACGUACAUGGAUAUUAGAAGAAAUUCUCACUUCAUUAAUUAAGUUACCAACAGCCAAACGUAAUCUGAGACAAUACAGAUUGCCUGAUGGUAAGUCCAUUCAAAUGGUUUCUGCACUUAUUUUACAAUUAAUUCAAAGUUGUACUACAAGUAUGAGGAAACUUGGUUCGAAACCAUCUAUUGAUCGUGAACAAGAUGAGGAGCUAUAUGACAUUGAGAUGAAUAAUGAUCCUGGAUGUUUAAAAAAGUGUUGUAAUAGAUGGAAAACAGGAAUUGAUGCAGCAAGUACUAAUGCUGGAUUCGUUUUUAAAUUCUUAUUGGCAAGGUUACUUUUGGAUAAUUUUAUGGAAGAUGUAAUUGCGGUCUUGAAUUAUCCAGAAUGGCCAGCUGCUGAAAUGAUAGUUAGCAUUUUCAGUAAAAUAUUGGUUGGCUACAUUAAUGAUAACAAGGCAGACACAGUUACAAAGUCAAUGGCUCUUGAUCAUUUAGGCAUUAUAGCAGGACGUAUUAAAAAGUUUGCAAACACGGGCUUAUUUUCUAGUGAAAGUUUGUCAGAAAGAAAUUGGAAUGAUGAUGAUUUUCGUUUUUGGAUCGACAAAGUUAAAGAUAUUCCCAAGGGAGAGAUCACAAAAUAUACACAAAUUCAAACAGUAAAAAAUCUUUGGGAAUGUCAAAAGGCUAUUUUAACAUUUUUAGAGCUUCUGGCGAUGGAGGAUUCUGGAAUACAGGAACAACACGCAACAAAUUUUCAAAGUGAAUAUCAUGAAGACAAUGAUGGUAAUAAAUCCUCAGUUUUUGAGAUGCAAAAAUUAAUUGAUAAAAUAGUCACAGAAUAUUGGCAGAUGUCAUCUGAUGUUUAUGAUGAUCAAAAUUUAAAGCACAGAUCUCAGGCAUUAGAAAGAAAUAACGUUCUCCUUUUAACUGAAUUACUCGCAACCAGGCAAUCUUUAUAUCAAUACUUUGAUUCAAUUCUUUCAAGGAUAUUGGUAUCAUUAGAUACUGGUGUUGUAGCAUUCAGAACUAAAGCACUAAGGGCUUUAAGCCAAGUUAAUGUUCGUCAAACUAUUGCACAAAGACUCUCUGACAACAGCCCUGCAGUUCGUGAUGCUGCGAUAGAUCUUGUUGGUCGUUAUAUCUCACAAAAACCUGAAAUUACAGAACAAUAUUACAAACUCAUAAGUGAUCGUGUUUUAGACACGGGUCUUAAUGUACGUAAACGUGUUAUAAAAUUACUUAGAGAUAUUUAUCUCAAAAGUACAGACCAGCAAAUGAUAAUUGAUAUUGGUUGUAAAAUUCUCAUGCGUAUCAAUGAUGAUGAUGAUCAUGUGAAGAAUUAUGAUGAAUUUUUCAAUAUGUCAGAGAUAGGUAAAAAGGAGGUAUUAAGCAGAAGUCUCCUGGUUGUUGGUGUAGCUGGACGAUUGGGAGAAAGGCAUGGACAUAUAAUGGGGAAUUUAUUCAAAAAGAUUUUAGAAAAGGAGGGAAAGCAAAAACGAGAAAUUUUAAAUAUAUGUCAAUGUAUAGUUGAUUGUCUUUUUGAGCAUUUAUUAACAUUACAGGAUACAAAUUUAAAGACUGAGGUUGUCAGCUGCAUUAGUACUAUAUGUCUAUUGAGUAGUGCUUCUCCUACACUUGCAAGAAAGCAUGUUGUUACUUUACAACCCUACCUAAAGACUGAGGUUGAGCAAGCUCUCAUGAGUUUAUUGACAAAAAGUCCACAAAAGGCUAGUAAUAUUCUUCAAGAGGUUGUACCAUGUUUAUGUGUUAUUGUUGACAAAUUAACACACAAUUAUACACGGUUAACAAAACUUUUGAAAUCUUGCUCUGAGAAACUUAAAUUGGAAAAAACAAAAUUAACAGCAGGUUCAUCUAUAUCUUCAGCUCGAAAUGUAAUGGUACUGCUUUUGAUUGUGGGUCUUUUAUGUAAAAAUUUUGAUUUUGACAAAAAACGGUUGGAAAAACCAGAUGAAAUGAAGGAUUUGAAUGCCAUUGACAAGGGGCCUAUAGUAACAGUGAUAUUCCAAUUGGUUUUAUAUUUCUGUAAUGAGAAUCUAUCUGAUACUGUACAGAAAAUGUCUUUACAAAGCCUAGGGUUCAUAUAUCUUUCACACCCAACCAUAAUGCUUAGACGAGAAAGUACUGAUUUGAUGGAUCGUAUACUAAACACAGGUGUAAUGGAUAUGAAAAUUCAAUUAAUGAAAAUGUUUUUAGAUUACUUAUUAUCAGAGCAGCAAAAAAUAAAUGCAGAUUUAGAAGACAAAAAAAAAGUAAAGGGCACACCAGUAGAUUUGAAGGUUUUAAUAGGGAAUGCAGAAGAAUUUGCAGAAGCAGGAGUAAGCAGUUCUAUCAUGCAACGAUAUCUUCAUCGGAUUUUAGAGUGCACCUUUGAUCCAACUCAGAGUCUAAAGCUUGUUGCCUUGGAUGUACUGGGCAGCAUCAUUCAACAGGGAUUGGUACAUCCUGUUCCGUGUAUGCCAACCAUAGUUGCAAUGGAAACAAGUCCAGAAUCAAACAUACGUGACAAGGCAUUCAAAUUACACCAACAUUUAAAUGAAAAGCAUGCAUCUUUGAUUCAUUCACGAAGUGUAGAAUGUGUAAAAAAAGCAUACGUUUUUCAAAAGCAAUUAAAUGGGAAUAAAUCGUUUGUUGGUUAUGCUUUUCGUUCAAAUGAAGGACAUCCUGAAGCUUUAAUCAAUCCAAUGUACUCUCUUUUGAAAGAAAAAAGACAACGUCGUAAUGAUUUUCUAAUAUCAAUUGUCAAAACUUUUGAUUUUGACUUGAAAAACUCAGAUGAAUCAAAGGUAGAUGUAGGUUUUUGCAAAUUUGUUGCAGAGAAUUUAGCUACUAUAGAUUACAAGACUAUUGAGGAGGUUUUGCAUAUUAUAUAUUGUAUAAAUCGAGUUUUAUCUGUUGUUGGAAUAACUAUUCUCCAUUCAAUUGAAUACAACACAAAGAGUAAAGAUGAUGAUAUAAAAAUGUCAAAUUCUCUUCAAGAAGAACCAAAAACAGAAAUCCAAGAACAAGGUAUACCAACUAGGGAUAAAGUUUCAAUCUGUAUGGCAAUACUAAUGCAUUUAAAAGACCACUUAAAAAAGUCCUAUGCACUAAGUGAAAUGAAAUGUCAAAGUUUCAAUCCAACACAAAGUAAUUCGCAUAAAGACAAACCAGCAUUACGACACCAAAAUUCUCCCUUAGUCAUAUCUUGGGAAGGGUUGCCUUUUGUGGAAAAACCCUUCACCACUGAUGAUAAUAUACUGGAACAAUGUGAACUGUUUAAAAAUCUUAUAUCUGAAGAUGGAACACAAAAAGAUGAAUUCGCAGAUGCUGAGCUAGAAAUAAGUGAGCAAAAGGAAUAUGAUAAAGAACAAAAUCAAAUUAACAAUGAUGAGACAGAACAAAUAAAUGAUGACUUACUAGCUGUAAUAGAAGAGACAAUAUCUGCCGCAAGUAAUGGAAAAGUACAAGAGGUAAGAUCUCCACUUCCUAAAAGCCAAAAAUAUACAGAAGAACAAAUAAUUCUUCAGGAGCUUAUUAAUUACACAGAUUUGCCAAAAGAAGUUUGUAUGAGAAUAAAUGAAGAAUUGGUUAAAGUAAAUGGUUCAUGGACUAACAAAAAA